CGAGGGAGGGUCUGAGCCAAACCGUUGGCGGAGCGCGAGCGGCGUCGGUGUCGUCGGCGCGGGCGGCCGCAGGCAGGAGAGUCCCGAGCGGGAGCGGGGCGAGCGGCGGGCUUCCCGGGUACACAGGCCCCGCAGCCUCCGUGAGGUAAAACGUGAGACAUGGCUGGACAAACAUCUGAAGAGAUGAUUCUGUGCAGGAUCUACACCCCCUGGAAUUCAGAACUGGUGAAUCUGUACACAGAAUGCUGCACUGUUUGACCUGAGAAGAUGGGUGUUAAUGCAUCUAACUACCCUCACUCUUGCUCCCAGAGGGUAGGGGGCUCACAGGCUCAGCAAACGUUUAUAGGAACAUCAUCUUACUUGCAUCAAGGAUACGGAUGUGAAUCAAAAUUAUAUAGUCUUGACCAUAGCCACGAGAAACCACAGGACAAAAAGAAAAAAAGUUCUGGCCUCGCGACACUAAAAAAGAGAUUCAUAAAAAGGCGCAAAUCCAACCGAUCUGCUGAUCAUGCAAAGCACAUGCGGGAGCUCCUAUCUGGAUGGGAUGUAAGGGAUGUAAAUGCAUUAGUGGAAGAAUACGAAGGCACUGCGGCUUUAAAGGAGCUUGCACUGCAAGGUAAUUUGGCUAGACCCGAGUCACGGACGUUGCACAGAGAUCUAGCCGAUCUUUAUGAAUACAAGUACUGCACUGAUGUAGACCUAAUAUUCCAAGAUACCUGCUUUCCUGUACAUCGUGCCAUUUUGGCUGCACGGUGUCCAUUUUUUAAGACUUUGCUCUCGUCUUCACCUGAGUAUGGUGCGGAGAUUAUGAUGGAUAUAAACACAGCUGGAAUAGAUUUGCCCAUGUUCUCGGCAUUGCUACACUACCUGUACACGGGAGAAUUUGGAAUCGAGGACUCCAGGUUCCAAAAUGUUGACAUCCUAGUACAGCUUACUGAAGAAUUCGGAACUCCAAAUUCAUUAGAUGUUGAUAUGCGGGAACUUUUUGACAGCAUGUGCUAUUAUGAUGCAGUUCUCAGCUUUUCUUCAGAUUCUGAGUUGGUAGAAGCAUUUGGAGGAAGCCCGAGUUGUUUAGACGAGGAACUUUGUGGGCAUAAAGCGAUUCUUUCUGCACGUUCUCCAUUUUUCAGAAACCUUCUCCAAAGACGAAUAAGAACUGGUGAAGAAAUCACAGAUCGGACUCUACAGACUCCAACUAGGAUCAUACUAGACGAGUCGAUCAUUCCAAAGAAAUAUGCAAAAGUAAUUUUACAUUGUAUGUAUACUGAUUUAGUAGAUUUGUGUCUGGUGCUGCACUGCAGCCCUUCUGUAGGGAGUCUGAGUGAAGUUCAGGCAUUGGUUGCAGGAAAAGGCAACAUGUCGAGGGCUGAAGAGGCAAUGGAGCUUUACCACAUAGCCCUUUUCCUGGAAUUCAACAUGCUUGCUCAAGGUUGUGAAGAUAUUGUGGCUGAGAGCCUUUCCCUGGAUACCUUAAUUUCCAUUCUGAAAUGGAGUUCACAGCCUUACGGCUCCAAAUGGGUUUAUCGCCAAGCACUUAAUUUCCUAUGUGAGGAGUUCAGUUCAGUCAUGAUCUCAGAUGUGUUCUUUGAGCUCAGCAAGGAACACUUGCUUGCUGGCCUUCAGUCAGACUAUUUGCAGGCCAGCGAGCAAGAUAUUCUCAAAUAUGUUAAUAAAUGGGGAGAGCACCAGCUCAUAAAACGUAUGGCUGAUCGAGAACCGAACCUGUUGAGUGGAACUGCCCACAGUGUAAAUAAGCGAGGUGUGAAACGACGUGACCUUGACCUGGAAGAACUGAAAGAAACCCUGUCUCCUCUCCUGCCUCAUGUUCGCAUAGAUCAUAUUCUGCCCACAAACAGCGAGGUUCUUAGUGAUACUAUGAAGAGGGGCCUGAUCAGCACACCACCAUCUGAUAUGUUGCCUACUGCUGAGGGUGGGAAGUCUAAUGCUUGGCUACAUCAGAAAAAUGCUGGGAUAUAUGUCAAACCUCGCUUGUUUUCACCAUAUGUGGAAGAGGCAAAGACUGUUUUAGAUGAGAUGAUGGUGGAACAGACUGAUCUAGUGCGGCUACGCAUGGUUCGCAUGUCCAAUGUACCUGAUACCCUUUACAUGGUCAACAAUGCUGUACCUCAGUGUUGCCAUUUAAUGAGUCACCAGCACGUCAGCUCACUGUCCAGUCCUCCUUCCAUCAUUGCCAAUGAAGUGCCUGUCCCUUUGUUGGGAAUGGUGAAAGAAAUGAUCAGACGGCUGCAAGAGCUUCGACACACAGAUCAGGUGCAGCGAGCCUAUGCACUGAAUUGUGGAGAAGGAGCAACUGUCAGCUACGAAAUUCAGAUUCGUGUUUUGAGAGAAUUCAAUAUCCCUGAUACUGCUGUUGAACUGCUUCAGAAUCCUCAUAAAUUCUUUCCCGAUGAGCGAUUUGGUGAUGAGAGCCCGGUGCUGGUCACCCGUCAGUAUGCUCGCUGCAGAAUAAACAGUACACCAACCGGGGAAUACAGCGAUCUUGAGCCUUACGCAACUUUCCACCCACCUUUACCACCUCCGCCGCCACCUUACCAUCCUGCAGCUGCACCGGCUCAUGAGAGGCGUAAGGCAGAAUGGAAGCAGAGGCUGCCUGGCCAUCAGCCGUCCCGGUCCUAUUCCUACCCUUGUCACCACUCCGCGCUGCAUUCUGGGCUUGUCGCCAACCCCGUUUCUGUUGUGUACCCAGCUGGUGCCAAACCAAUGCCUCCCGAUUGCACUAACACGCUGGGGUGUGUCAGGAUACCGGCUGAACAACUGACGAACACAGAAAGUAUGCUCAAUGAGCUCAUGCCAGAUAUUGCCAUGGGCGUGUCAUCCUUGAGUAAUCUCUCACUCAAGGACAGGAGGCUUCCAGAACUGACUUUCAAUGUUGAAGUGAACCAAGUGAUUUCAGAACCUGCAUCAUCUGCCCAGCCUGCCCUGUAUGUACAUAAUAGGCAUGUGCAUGGUGUGAGGAAAAAGCCCAGUAUGGAGCUCAAAAUGGAUUCUCGAGAAGGCCUUCAGGAGUAUCCGGAUCUAUAUGACUUUUCUUCCAGUGCAGCUCACCGGCCAUGCACUCCAGGGUCCAGUAGACACACUCCUUCUCCUUCACAAGGAACGUAUUUGGGACCGGACCUGUACAGUCACAGUAGACCAGCAACAGGUGGUCUCAAAGUAGCAUCUUUUUGCAGUGACAUUUCCCCCAAAAAAACAGAGGAGCCCGUGAGGGACUACUUGCUGCCUCCUGAGGUUCAUCAGCAAAGACCCAGUGACCCACCAUACUUUGAUUUCUUGGAGCACCCUCCACACAGGUUGGACUUGGCACUGUUACAAGAAUCAAAUGGAAGUUCACUACAUAGAGGUAGGAGUGGAGCAGAAACAGACCUGACUUGUGGCCUGACAGCAAAUCGAGCUCUGAGUGGAGCGUGCAACUCUGAGAGUCAUGAGGCGAUUUGUAGAAGAUCGGAUGAGAGCGGGAUGCUUGAGCCCGGAGUCAGUGCGCAGUCCCAAAGGAACAUUCAGAACGAGAGGGAAGAUGCAAUAAAUCGAGAGAGGCGGUCGCCAAGCAGACUUGAUCUGCCAUACAAAAAAUCUGCUCUUUAAUGGCAACAGUAUUUAAUGUACCUUAUUUUUUCACCAGAUAACGCCAUUAUUAAUAUUUGCUUUCGUAAAUGUUUUGUAAAUAACCAUUUCUACCAAAACUAUUUCUAGAUAGUUUUCUAUGACUUUGUGAUAACUCGGGAGAGCAGCUCUCACACCAGUAUUGCCAUUCUUUCUAGCAUUUAAACAGUUUGCGAAAUAAUAAGUGUUUGCCAUUUGAACCAUUCGGAGCCUGAUCUUUUACCUCCUUUUUACAGGUUUGUAGGAUUUGGAUUUGUUGUGUGCAGACUAAAUUAACAAAGGCUCUGCAAUGUCUUAAUAGUGAUCCAUUCUGUACUUUUGAGAAAUCCUCUUGCUAAUAUCUGACAGCAUUUUUGAGUAUUUUUAAAAUGUUAAAAAGGUCAGAGAGUAUUCUCUUAGCAUUGGGAUUCUUUAUAAAGGGACAAUUUUCUACUGGCCAACUGCUUGUAUUCAGAAAGAGCAGAUCCUAAUGAAUCUGAAACAGUCAUCUUAAUCUUAGGACAAUCAGAUUGCUGUGACAAUCGGUUUAUAGGAUUAAUAAUCUCAAUAUAUGGGGAGAAGCUGAGUUCCAAAGGCCAGAAUACUGGCAGCAAGAGUGAGUCGCUACCGUUCCAUCUGAAGUUGCUGUGUAACUAACACCCAUUGUUAAUCACCGAUCUAUAGUAGAAUAACUAAAACUGUUUGGCCUUUUUCCUAAUGUCAUUUGGUCAGUUGGCUGCUUCUCAGAUUCUGGUUGGCUGGCAAAUACCCGAGUGAUUACUGUACAACUGGGAAAGCUGGAAUAUUAUUGGUUUGAUUAAAUUCUAUUUACAUUCCUACAUUAGUAGGGUUUGCAUAUUGCACAUUUUCAGACUUGUGGUCUCGUUACAACUAACUAGGCCUGAUGAGAACUUCAGGCUUAGUCUCCAGAAGUUGGUCAGUUCCAAUAUUACUUUCACUCUUAACUGUUCUGUAGUCUGUAAAAUGGGGUUGAAGCUGUUACAUGAACCCUCAAGGCAGGGUAAACCUAUAUAGAUAUAUAUAUAUAUAUUUUAGCUGAUGCAUGUCAUUGCAGCUCUAUUUACCUGGUAUGCAGCUUCAAGAUUGCGUACAGAAAUGUUCANUUUUUGAGCUUAUAGCUGUUGAUUAUUUAGCAUAUUAGUAACCAAGUAUUGAUUUGUAAUUUUACAGUAGAUGCUUUAAACUUUCUUUCAGAUCCACAGCUGUAGCAGUGGAGUUGUGCACAGCUUUGUUUCCUUCUUCAUUUACCUUACUGUUUAAAUGGCAUUUAUGUGACAGAUUUUGCACAAGUGUACACAAUUAGAAUUAAAACAGGAGAGAUAGGACAGCACAAAGUAUUUGAGUGCAGAAUCUAAUGCCACAGGAAGCUGAGGGUAAUUGAUUUGUCAGCCAGUGUUGCUAUGCAAUCUUAUGAGCUGUUUAAAACUUACUACAGCAAGUUUAAAAUCUUUUGAGUUAGGAUUCAUGGAGCAUUACACAUACAGCAUUGGCUAAGUAUACUAAAAUUAAAGUGGAAAACUUAAAUUCUGGAAUGUCUUGUAUCACCAUGCAGUCAGUAAUGUUGUUUGUGCUUCAGGUACAUUGCUUCCAGGUAUUAGAUCAUUUAAAACGAGUCUUGCUGCGACUCCCUAGUUUCAGAAUGAUGGAAAUCAUGGAGAAAAACGGUUUACUGGCUUCCCUUACCAAGGUGUGGCUUCUAAUUAUGGCACUAAAUAUUAUCAGACUUUUGAUUUUUUUUUACAUUUUUAAAAAAAGGCUACAGCGCACAGCUUUCAUUUGAAAAUUCCAGAGAUGUUCAUGCCUGCACAGUUACACAGAAUUAACCCUCAAAUCUCGGUUAGCCCAGGAUAACACUUUGUAUGAAUCUUUUUGUCCCAAUCUGCAGCAGAGCAUCUGGAGCUGCCUGACGGGUUGGUAUGUGUAACUUUUUCCCCAGUUUGCAUGCUCUUUAAAACCACAGCUGCUUGUUACAAAUUAACUUUGAAUGUUGAAUAUUUUUAUAUAAAUAUUGGAAAAUCUGGUUGCAUAAAGUUGAAUUUGUCUGGUAGCAAAACCUUUUUAAAUGUGCAUCUGUUUCUUUCAAUGGUUUGCUUUGGAUUUUUACGAUCUCUGCUAUCUCAACCUGUUACUGGGAUGAAGUAAAGUGCCUUCAAUAGUAAAGGCUCAUGUCUCAGUAAUUUUGGAUCAAAUGUCCUAUGCAAGUGAUUUCUACAGCCUGCAUAAACAUCUUUGUAGAUUCUACUAUGCUUCAAUGUACAUAGUUUUUAAAGAGAUGGACUGUAUUUUUAUUUUAGCAUCUAAAUGGAAAUCUGAAGUUGUGAUUGCUCAGUAAAGAAUCUCCCUCUUGAGUACUAUGGCAGUUGUACAGAAUCUUUGUUAUCUAUUUUUCUACUGUUUCUGGGAAGAAGCAUGUAACAAACCAAACUGGCAGAGUUGGUAUUUCAAAUAAAUGGCCUAUAGAAAA